AUGCCAAAGAAGAGAGCUUCCAACGGUAGAAACAAGAGGGGUAGAGGUCACGUCAAGCCUGUCAGAUGUGUCAACUGUUCAAAGUCUGUUCCUAAGGACAAGGCCAUCAAGAGAAUGACCAUCAGAAACAUUGUUGAGGCUGCAGCCAUCAGAGAUAUGUCCGAGGCUUCCGUAUACGCUGAGUACGCUUUGCCAAGAACCUAUAUUAAGUUGCACUACUGUGUGUCCUGUGCUAUCCACGCCAGAAUUGUCAGAGUUAGAUCCAGAGAGGACAGAAGAAUCAGAACUCCACCUCAAAGACAUAGAUUUAACAGAGAUACCAAGGUCUCUCCUGCUGACGCUGCCAAGAAGGCUUUGUAA